UAUGGAGGCUGGGAGCUGGGGCGCAGAGAGAGGGCACGGCGUUGCUAAGGGAUUCUGAUUGGUUGCUCAGAAAGGGUUGUCCGGUGACAUUCCGCUUCCCCGGUCACUAUAGGUACGUGCGGCCGCGGCGGGGGCUUCCAGGGCUUAAGCGCACAGCGGACUGAGCGAGUACGAGGUUCAACACAUAAAACUGAUAAGAGCAGAUUCGACUGGGUCCUGAGAUUUGACUCCGAGGCAAUGUUGCAGAAGACAGUGCUCUUACUGGCCCUGGUGGCUCAGGUACUGAUGCUGGAGAAUGGGCUACUGCGGACGCCACCCAUGGGCUGGCUGGCCUGGGAACGUUUCCGAUGUAACAUCAACUGUGAGGAGGACCCGAAGAACUGCAUCAGUGAACGACUCUUUAUGGAGAUGGCUGACAGAUUGGCUCAGGAUGGAUGGCGGGACCUAGGCUAUGUAUACCUCAACAUCGAUGACUGCUGGAUUGGUGGACGUGAUGCCACAGGCCGCCUGAUACCUGAUCCCAAGCGAUUCCCUCACGGGAUUGCCUUCCUGGCUGACUAUGCUCAUUCUUUGGGUCUGAAGCUAGGCAUCUAUGAGGACAUGGGCAAAAUGACCUGCAUGGGUUACCCUGGCACCACUCUAGACAAAGUGGAGCUAGACGCUGCAACCUUCGCAGAGUGGAAGGUGGACAUGCUGAAACUGGAUGGCUGUUACUCCACUCCCAAGGAACGUGCAGAGGGGUACCCCAAGAUGGCUGCUGCCCUGAAUGCCACAGGCCGUCCCAUCGCCUUUUCUUGCAGCUGGCCAGCCUAUGAAGGGGGCCUACCUCCCAAGGUGAACUACACUGAGGUCGCCGGCACCUGCAAUCUCUGGCGCAACUAUAAAGACAUCCAGGACUCCUGGAAGAGUGUGCUGACCAUUCUGGACUGGUUUGUGAAACACCAGGACAUACUGCAGCCCGUGUCGGGUCCUGGGCACUGGAAUGACCCAGAUAUGCUGCUCAUCGGGAACUUCGGCCUCAGCUUCGAUGAAUCCCGGGCCCAGAUGGCCCUGUGGACAGUGCUGGCAGCCCCCCUCUUCAUGUCCACGGACCUGCGUACCAUCUCCCCCCAGAAUAUAGACAUUCUUCAGAAUCCACUCCUGAUCAAAAUCAAUCAGGACCCCUUAGGCAUCCAGGGACGCUUGAUCUUCAAGAGCAAAUCCCACAUCGAAGUGUUCAAGCGGAAUCUGUCUGACGAUGCCAGUGCCCUGGUCUUCUUCAGCCGCAGGACCGACAUGCCUUACCACUUCCAUUGUUCCCUCUUGGAACUGAACUACCCCAAAGGCAGUGUGUAUGAGGGCCAGAACGUCUUCACAGGAGACAUCAUCAGCGGGCUCCACCCUGAAACCAACUUCACUGUGACCAUCAACCCUUCGGGGGUUGUGAUGUGGUACCUAUAUCCCGUCAAGGGCUUGGGGAUAUACACAAUGAUGUCCCAGUUGUGAGGACCCAAGAAUGACAGGCUACGGCAGCUCCACUGAGCCUAGACCAUGGAGCCUUGGCACGCCAAGGGCAUGGCAGGGCCCUGCCUCCCCAGGCUACUUGGGAAUGUGCCGGCCAUCAUGCCCAAAGUGCGUUUGCAGGGUCAGGAUCCACGCCAUGCCCGGCUGAGGCAGGGGCCCCCUUGGAAACUUGGAACUCUUGGGGCGGUUUCCUGUGGCCUUUGGGCCUCUGUCCCCACCCAGCUCUGCAGAUUUCGCUGAACAACUGGGCCAGUCUCCUGAGCCCCCUCGGGCAGGGCCCUGAUGCCCAUUGGACUCCAGCCUCUGACUUUGCUGACUCAGAAAUCAGGAUUUGGAAUUUUUAAAAUUAAGAAUAGAGAUUUGACUCCUUGCCAGGAAUUUUCAGAAUCAUGUGAUUGGCCUUCCUACUGGAGAGGGCCUUUGCAGUUGGUACCCUGGGGAGUGAGGGAUGGAUCAGAGACCUUAGCUCCCU